CUCAUAUGCCAAUAUUGAUGACGACAAAAAACAUUAAAUUCAUUACUUUGAGCAUCCAAGUGGCCAUCGGUAAAUAUAACCUGAAGGAAGUUUGCUAUUCUCAUGAGUUAUCCGGGAUUUCGGGAACUGCACCUUCAACAACGGCAUCUCCCAGUCCUCCUUCGCCUUGUGUCAUGUCAAGUACAGGCACAGGAGGGAAUACUGUCCAAAAUAUGACUCAUCACACAGUAACGAUUAAAUAUGGAUACGAUAGUUCUUCAGCAGCAGGGACACUGGAGGAUGAUGCAACAUAUUCAUUCAAGGAUAUUUAUGUGAAGAAUACAGGGACUGGAACAUCUGACCGUUUAGCAGGUCCUAUUACUGGAGCAACAAAUCCUGCAGAUCCAGAAAGAGUAAUGUCAGUCACUGUGAACCCAACCCCAACUUCUCUGGUAGUAAUGUGGACUCCUCUGACUAACACACAGUGGAAUGCAGCGGGUACUAGAGAGUACGUCGUUUCAUGUCCGAGAUCAUCACCAUUAGCAUCAGCCAUAGCAACAGUACAAGCUACUGAUUCUAACGGUGAUCUAAUCCCUACCUCUUUAACUGCAGAGGUUGAUGGUCUAACCCAUGCUACAAAGUACACAUGCACUUUAACAGCCCGCGCAAGCUACACAACACCAACCAGGAGUUUCUUGAGCACGGAGACUGUUGUGGAUACUACCACUCAAACACCGCCUCCUACGCCAAGUCUGACAACAGCAGGAGGCAAUAAAUUGAUCAAUUUGACAAUCACAGUGAAUACCGGUGAUUAUAACCUUGGCAAAGUUUGCUAUACUCCCGUACUAUCCAAAAUUUCUGGAAUUUUACAGGCUUCUAGUUCACACGAGUUAUGUGUCAUGUCAACAAGGAUGAACACUGCAACCAAGGGCAUGGCUCAUACAGUGACCAUUUCACAUGGACAGAGUGGUACAGCAGGGACACUGGAGGAGGAUGCAGAAUAUUCAUUCAGCAACAUCAAUGUACAGAAUACAUUGGCUAUGCCUGUAAAGUCUCCGAAGUGGCCUGGACCUAUUACUGGAACAACAAAGCCUGCACCUCCUGAGGUGAAACCAGGCAUGGUAAGUGAGGUCUCAAAGGAUACCAAUCAAACCCAUAUUCAUAUAACUUGGGAGAACUCAACAACGGUUACUGAGCUCAAUGGACGUUUUCUUAAUUUUGUGGUGCAACACAAACUCACAGCGGACACACCCUACAUGAAAAACAAUGUAAAUGCAACUGACUACUGGAUAACAGGAUUGACCUUUGGUAAAACAUAUAACAUUAGAGUUGCUUACCGUUCAUCUGGUGGAAUCGGUGGUUAUACGGAAAUAAAUGUGGACACUUCUCCAGCAGAGAUACCGAUAGCUCAAGCCAUGCCACAAAUUAUAUAUAGUGCUGGUAGUCAAACCAUCACGGCAUGUUUUUUGAAAACUCAACAUCCUCAUCCCACGGCUACGGAGAUCUCUUGGACCAACCCUCAGUUAACAGGUUUAACCACGUCUAAAUCCCUUGGAACUGGAAAUUCAACAUGUCUCACUGCAACGUUAACAUUGUCCGGUAUGCUUCGUGAGGCAUCCGGUGAUUACACAGUAACUGCAAGCACAGCUGGUGGAAGUGCCACCACCACCAUCACAGUGUCUGUUCUCUCUCCGCCAAUUAUCACCUACCCUGAAGACAACUCCAUCAUACAUGUGAAGGAAGGAACUAACUUUAGUAUUGACUGUGAUGCUAAUGGAAAUCCGGCGCCAGCAUUGGAGAUUCUGGAUGCGAAUGGAACAGAACUUAAAAAUCUACCUGUAGGGACGGUGAUAAAUGAUUUGAAAAAAGUAACCCUCCGUCAUACAUUUCAGAACAUUAACCGUAACAAAUCGGCUGUAUAUACCUGCACAGCUGAAAAUAACCAAGUGAUUUCAUCCCUUGAUACAUCAGUCGAAGUUGACGUACAAUAUCCUCCGGAGAACUGCUCAUUUGCCAGCAGCAGACAACUGGUCUACAUUCCCUUGCACAACCAAUCAAUUCAAAUUUCUUGCGAGUGCGGCGCACAUCCAGUGCCUUCUUACCAUCAUAGUAUUGAGAAAUUGUAUGGCCCAUUGCCCCAGCGAAACGUGACCAAUAGGGUUACGAUGGCUAAGUAUCAAUACAGCAUUGAUGUAAACCCUGUCAGUGCUGGUAAGUAUCAAUGCAGAGUUUCAAACAACGCAUCUACCACGGCUGAGGAAUACUUUUCCAAUUUUACUUUAGAAAUUUUUGCUGCUCCGCACAUGUCAUUCAGUAACAACUCAGUCGCUGAGGGCAAUAACAUCACGGUGAACUGUACUGUUCUCGGCUUCCCUGCGCCACGUGGCAUCAUUUGGAGAUUUCCCAACAGAACCAUUGUCCCUGACAAUUAUAAAACCAACGCUUCUAUCGUAGAAGAAGUGAAGCUAAAUGAGACUCUGGGAUUGUACAAAGCGGUCACAUCGCUGACCAUUACAGAUGCGUCUGCAUCAGAUAAUCUUGCUUACACAUGCGAGGCACACAAUGGAAUCACAACACGCAAUAGGGACAUUGUAUUCCAUGGCCACAGUGACUCAACGGCUACAGCCACAGUAUCUAUUGAUGUCCAUGGUGACACAAGUUUGCGCAUGGACUUGCCGAGAGCACUGUCCUACCAUGUCAUGGAGGAAGUUGUAGUCAAGUGCACUGUAGCCGGUAAUCCUCUGCCGACCAUCAAGUGGUUCAGCACAGCAUCUACCUUCAACAACAAAACACAAACCGUCCAGAAUGGCAACAUCACCAAGGACAGGAAUGAGACUGCCAAGGUGGCCUACAGCGUGCUACAUAUUCACAACGUAUCUCUCGCAGACGCUGGUCUCUACUGGUGUUCCCAUGCUAACACUGUGCACCGGAACGAAUCAUCACAGCUCAAUCUCACCGUCUUCUCAUCACCGAGCAACACUCAUAUUUCUCCGACAAUAACAGUUAAUGAGUCGGCCAAUGUUGUAAUUGAGUGUGAAUACGAUGGUUACCCACAGCCCGCUAUCACAUGGCAUACUCCAUCUGAGGAACUGCAGAACUCUUCGGAUGUCAACUUUGCGGCAGGUGCACCCGUCACCCUGGCCAGCGGUAUGAUUUCCGUCAGAUCGAACCUCUCUUUGUCUAAUGUCAGCAGAAGCAACUUGCUGAACUACACCUGUGUCGCUCACAAUGGCAUUGGUAACCGGCUGGCCACAGACUAUACCGGUCCUCUUGUGUCUUCUACAUAUUCGUCCUCGGCCAUUGUCAGCUUGAAUGUCCUCUUCCCAGCCACAUUGGAAUUAGACCUACAAGAAACUAUCCAACUCGAUAACAUGCAGAACUACUCAGUGACAUGCUCAGCAUCUGGCAAUCCACUGCCGCAACUGGUUUGGAACACCACUGCACCCAUGUUCCGUACAAACCUGACAGGUCACCUGCGCACCAGGACAGUGGGACAGAUCGUCACUGGUUUACUUGACAUUAGAAGCGCUAAUGGCACUUUCCAUAAUGGUCAGUAUGCUUGCACAUUCGAAAAUUUAUUCAAGAUAGUGAGCACCAAAUGGGGUAAUCUGACAGUCAAUGAAAUUGAUGAAUGCUUGUCCAAACCAUGUAAGAAUGGAGGCACAUGUACGCAAGGCAUAGCGUCAUACAUGUGUUCAUGUGCAGCUGGAUAUACAGAUAGGAACUGUAACGUACUGACCAGAGAUUAUGAUGAAUGUUUAUCUAACCCAUGCAAGAACAAUGCUACGUGCGUUGAUGGCAUCUUCAAAUUUACCUGCCGAUGUCCAGCUGGCUUUACCGGUGCUACUUGUCAAUCAUUGCUGGACUGCCCAGCAUUCAAGACACGCGAUCAUACAGGCAUUUUCUGCAAGGACUGUACCUGCUACCAACAGGGCUCGCAGAGCUGUGACAUGAGUAACGGCACUUGCUAUUGCAAUAAUCUAAUCUCUGGAGACAAGUGUGACACGUGUGCCAAAGGCUAUUACCAAUCGAGGGGCAGACUGGAUAGCUGCGCUAGCUGUGGGUGCACGGCCAAUCGAACAAUGAACAGUACGAUCUGUGACGCAAAUACCGGUUCUUGCCUCUGCCUGCCGCAGUACACCGGAGACAAGUGCCAGUUCUGUAGCAGAGGUUAUUACAAGAACUCCACCAGCAGGGAUUGUGCUGCAUGUGCCUGCUCUACCGGAGGCUCAGUUGGCACCUCUUGCCAUGUCUUUACAGGGCAGUGCACAUGUCGCCCUGGCUUUGUUGGCCGUGACUGCAGUCAGUGUGCUGCUGGACAUUUCCAAGCUGACUCAUCGCACAUGGCUUGUGUAGACCUCAAAUCAUCAACCAUUUGUCAAGCCUGCCAUUGCUCCAAGGAUGGUGCUAAUGGCACCAGUUGUGCAGCUGGUACUGGCAAGUGUCAGUGCAAUGAGGGAUAUAUUGGUGAUAAGUGUGACAUAUGCGCUAACCCGGAUCAAUUCCACGUCUCAAAUGGUGGUUGCCAAGACAUCAGCAAGGAGAUGUACCUGCCAAAUACAACAACCAUCGAGGGCGAACAAACUAUUUCGCUGAACUCCUCGUUUGUGUUUGGCUCAACAUUUAAAACAUACCGCAGCAUGAAAGUGUCCUUGGAAGGAUGGAUUGCUUUCGACACUGGUUUCUCGGGAGGCUAUAACAUCAAUAGCCGAAUCAGCGAUCACUUCUCUAUCGUAGCCCCUUUCUGGACACAUCAAAAUGCCACAGUCAAUUGCCACAACGGUACAAAGCUUCAGGUGCAUGUUGUGAGCUCAACCAGUGAUCCUUACACUUUUCAGAUGAUCAAAAAAGAAGUCGCGCCUUUUGCCGACAAUUUCAACCCCACCGAAGCAGUUGUUGUGACGUGGAGGGAAAUCCGGGAGAGCACUACGCACACAGAGCGUAAUACAUUCCAAGCCGUAGUUGUCAGUGAUGAGUGCCAGUCAUUUGCGAUUUUCAAAUACCCAACUGGUGGAAUUGGUUGGCAUGGCUUUCCAUACCCGGUCGUUGCAGCAGGAGAAACUCUGAAAGCUUCUGGAUCCCGAUCACUAGUCGUGAAAAAUUCAAUCCAUAACCUGACCAAUGGCUGCCAUCAGCAACUGCGGGAGUCACAAUAUUGCCGUACAAAUGUGAAAAAUGUAACUGGAAACUCAACAUAUCUAGCGGCGCUCGUUCAAUGUCCCGCUACACUUGAAAUUGUGCAAGUAUUCAAUGUCUUUUCAUUGUCUGCCAAGGGGACAACUGAUGACAUGAAAUGCUAUAAAUCAAAACCGGUCACUCUGGAUGGACUGCAUCUUUUCUCACGGUGCUGCUAUGCUGACAGUAGUGGACAGCUAAUCGAGACUGGUAGCGGAAAACCCUACCAAGGAAUCUCACCAACUGACCAAAACCUUCUCACACGCUGUCAGAAUGCUGGAAUACCGUCCUAUUUCUACAGUAGACGUUUGCAGCCACAGGCAAUGGUAAAACGUGUUGCUGUCCAGCAAAGUAACUGUUUUGGUGACCCUCAUUUGAUCCGGCUGGAUGGCACCGCAUAUGAAUUCCACAAUGUUGGUGAGUACGUACUUGGAAAUGCCAGCAAGGCCAACUACUACCUGGCUGUUGUCGCUAGAAUGGAAAUUUUCCCCAUUCCCAAUGCUCUCAGCUUCACAUCCAUCACCCGUGUAGGAAUUACAAUUGGUCAAGGAUCCAACAACACCACCAUUGAGGCAUUCGCUAAGACCGGUUCAAAAGGCAUCACUGUUCUCGGCGACUUAACCGAUGCUCAAAUCACUGCAGGUCGUCACAGCAAUUUCGAGUUCAGGAACGGUGGCUUGGUUGCGUCAGUCGGUGGCUUUAGUGCUAAUAUAACUGUUCAGACAAGCAAAAUCUUGUUGGUUGCUAUGCAACUCCCGCAGGCAGCAAACUUUGUCGGACUUUUGAAAUCGGAACCAAUGCCUUCUAAUGAGUUCCAAAUUACUGCAGCCACAAGUCCCUUCCAGUAUGCUGGUGCCGAGGAGAGCUAUACAGCGUUGAACCCAGACAAACAAGCUACUGUGGGAAAAGUCAACACAUUCCUGGCCACAGGUGCCAUCAACACCACGUGUGGAGGUGAUAGUUCUUGCGUUGCAGACUUCCUCGCCAGUAACAACGCAUCCAUCGCGAUGUCGACUCUUGAAGCCGAGAAAAGUCUCAAGGAAUCCAGCACGAGAGUGUCUCGAGUGCCACCUUUGUUAACUGUCAAGUCAUCAUGGCCAAAAGAUGCAGCACUCAGGAAUACGCUGCAGGGUAUUUUUGGACAGAACAGUUCCAUUGCCAUCGAAGUGAACGUCAGCGAAUCUGCCAAGUUGGAAUCGUUUGUUGUGAAGACGGCCAUAAACUUGACAGUCGAGUCUGAGCUUAGCGGCAAUGUUCUGAACAUCUCUUGGACACCGCCUGCUCGUAGGCUGAGCGGACUGCAACUGACCGUGUCAGCCAACGACAGCAAUGGCCAGUCAGUGGAGAAGACGAUUCCGAUUACACUGUGCGGUUGCCAUGGUACCUGUGAGACACCACCCUCAACGCCUGUGGACGCAUUCAAACAGCUGACGUGUACAUCUUGUGAUGCCGGGCGAACUGGACAGCACUGUGAGGAUGACUUGGAUGAGUGCAGAACUGAACCAUGUGGGAAGCAUAUUGUCUGCGAAGACAAAAAGUUGCCCAUGUCUGGUCACACUUGCACCACCAGGUGCAUCAGUGGGUUUAGAUUGGAGGCUGGAAAUUGCCUUGAUAUCAAUGAGUGUACUGAAAAAAGAAACCACUUCAAACAAUACUGUAUCGCCGAUUCCACCACAUGCUCAAACAUACUAGGAUCUUAUCUGUGUCCAUGCAAGACUGGAUUCACUGGUGCUGGCAACCAAUCCUGUACAGACAUCAACGAGUGUGCUUCGAGUGGCAUGAAUGACUGUGAUGACCCCAACGCUCUCUGCACCAACACAAGGGGAAGUUACAUGUGCUCCUGCAAGCGUGGCUUCAACGGCACGGGCAGGACAGCCGAGAACGGCUGCUUUGACAUCAACGCCUGCUCCAACAAUGUCCACAACUGCAUUGCCGUUUCGACGUGCUCUGAUCUGGACAAUGGCAAGCACACAUGUACGUGCCCCGACAAGCAACUGCAGACCAGAGACGGCACCUGCGAUGUCGAGCCCACCUUCUCGAAAACCUUGACCAGUCACGCGGUGACGGUGGGUGACACUGCCACGUUUGUGUGCGGCUUCAUUGGUUUGAUUCGCGGCGGUGCUACGUGGCUGGACAACAAGGGUGUCGUUAUAAAACAUAGCGAACUAUAUAAGCUGACAACCAAGUCGUCGGCUGACGAUGAUGCAGCAGAUAUGUCUCUAAGUGAAUUAGAAGAUACCGGCAGUGGCAGUAGCUCUAAAAUCACAACCACCACAACACUACAGUUCGAGGUCACCUCCAGGGAUCAAGCAGGCACGUAUACAUGCCGUGGUGGGAACAGCCGUAAAACUGUUUCUCAAGCCUACAAACUAGCUGUCAACCCUGUGCCUUCCACCGGAAUCGGCAACGGAACCUUGAUCUAUAUCCUUGCCGGCAUCUGUGGUGGCUUUGUCUUCCUCGUGGUUGUGGGUGGCAUAAUCAUCAUAUGCAAGAGGCAAAAGCUGGCUGAGGACUACAAGAUGAGGAGCGAGGACGCCGGAGCAAGUGGUGUGGAGAUGAAGGCUGCUUCGUCCAAGGGCACUUCCUUCCAGCCCAGCGUCACAAGCUCCGCCAUCUAGGACUUUUGGCGGCUGGUCAAGGUCUUCUUUCCCAUCCUAGUAUAGAGAUGCUUUGAAGGGAAGAAAAACUAUGUGUGUAUUUAUGUAUUUUGUUGUAUCCUCCACCGUUCAUCAGUUCCAAUUGCCUACGACAAAGAGAGAGAG